AUGCCAGACAAAUUACAACACCAAAAGAAAAACGUUGACAAAACUGGCUCCAAUGAUUCCGCCAUUGGUUUGGAACAUUCACCCAAAAUCCGUAGGAACUCACUGCGGAAACAUAUCAAAGAAAUCUAUAUGGAAUUUUGUUCGAAUACUUCCAUCCAUGGAUUUCAAUAUUUUGGCCAGCAUCGGCCACGCAAAGAAAUCGCAUUUUGGAUUAUAAUUUUCAUCAUCACAUUAUAUUUUUGUACAACGAUUAUUGUGAAAAUCUAUGUGAAAUGGUCGGAAACCCCAGUGAUAGUGAGUUUUUCGGAGAAAUCAACACCCAUCUGGAAUAUACCAUUUCCCCGGGUAACCAUAUGUCCGGAGACGAAGAGGGCCAUUAAUAAGACAGAUCCCACCUACUUCGAGUUGGUACAAAAAUUGGACACUUAUAUAGACAACGAUAACCGUUCGUAUUUUUCAAAUUUUUCUCGUCACGACCACGAAGAUAUUCUAACAUUAAUGCAAAUUUGUCAGUCCCGUAUUGAGGGUAUUCUCGCAUUACCGGAAACAAGGGAAAACUACACCAUCGACUAUAUCGGGACUUUAGAUAAAAUGUUGCCGGGCUUUCAAAAAUAUUUCUUCUCCUGUAAUUGGUUUGGCAAUCAAGUCAACUGCAAAGACCUGCUAACAAAAGUCUAUACCGAUGAGGGUAUCUGCUAUACCUUUAAUAGCCUGAAAGCUGAUGAUUUAUAUCACGAUCGGGUGGUGCGCUCACAAAUGAGAAAAGAAAAGAACAACACAAAGAAUGGCGGGCAGAAACUGGCCUGGUCAUUGGAAAAGGGAUAUGCAGCGGGCAGUGAUAUUAACACCUAUCCUGUGAGGGUGUUGAGUUCAGGUUCAGCGGCAGGAUUUCAAAUUACCUUGCAAACGUUUACCAAUGAGACGGAUUACACCUGCAACGGUCCGACCCAGGGUUUUAAGAUAAUGCUAAACUCGCCCGAUGAUGUACCCUCGGUGGUCAAACAUUUUGUUCGAGUCUCCAUGGAUAGGGAAAUUUUGGUGGCGGUUAAACCAAAAAUGAUUACCACUUCGGCGAAUAUUGAAGCAUAUCACCCUGAGAAGCGGCGUUGCUAUUUGAACAAAGAUCGCCAAUUGAAGUUCUAUAAAAUCUAUACCCAACGGAAUUGUGAACGCGAAUGUGUAACAAAUUUCACCUAUUCGGAAUGUGGUUGUGUUAAAUUCUCCAUGCCUCGAACGGCCGAUAUGCCCAUUUGUGGUGAGGAUAAACUUUGGUGUUAUCGUCGUGCCCGCGACAAUUUGUUGAUGAAACAAUUUAAGGAGGGUUUGGAACAUUCCGAAGGCAAUGGCGGUUGUAAUUGUAUGCCCGGUUGUACAUCGCUGGAAUAUGAAACGGAAAUUUCGGAGGGUAGUUUUGAUUUGGUAAAUACCCUCAAGGCUUUUGAUAACUACGAAGAUUAUUAUGCCUCAUAUCCGGGUGGUAAAAUGUCUGUGGUACAAAUCUAUUUUAAGGAUAAUCAAUUUAUUACCUCCCGACGUUCGGAACUGUAUGGUAUAACGGAGUUGUUGGCGAAUUUUGGCGGGGUCUUGGGACUGUUUAUGGGUGUUUCGCUGCUAAGUGUGGUGGAAAUUUUCUAUCAUUGUUCGCUGCGUUUGUGGUCGAAUGUGAGACGAAAUAAUGGAUAA